GCGCCGCCCCACGCCGGGGGGGUCGCGGGUGGCAAGGGGGGAAUAAAGGUGCGGCUGGGCCUCCCCCCCCAGGGGCAAAAUGGGUCCAUUGCUGCUGCUGCUGCUGCUGCUGCUGCCGCGCUGCCCGGGGGGUCCUCGCCGCCCCCCGGCCCCUCCAGAGACUCCCAGGGGUGGGGGCUGCCUGCCGGCAUCGCCCCUCCCUGGCGAUGCCCCCCCGCGAAGUCUGGGGGUGCUUGCGGCAUCGGUGGCCCAGCAGCCCGCCCUGGACGGUCGUCGUGUGCCUGCAGGAGAAAGGGGUCCUCUCGCUUCCCCAGGAGCCGCCAGGAGCGACGGCGAACCCCACGCUGCUGCCUGCGCACCCCCACCAAGGGGCUCUCCCUGCCUCUCUAGGGACCCCCGGACCCUCCUGGACGUGCAUGGACCCCCCCCCGGACCCCCUGGACCUCCACAGACCCCCCAGGAUCUCCUUGGACACCCCCUUGCCCCCCCCGACCCCUGCAGAUCCCCUCUGUCUGCCCCGCAAUGCCCCCCCGAACCCCCUAAACCUCCCCCCGACCCCUUUAACCCCCGACCCACCCCCGAACCCCCCCCAGGCCAGACAUGGGCCCCCCCCUCAAGACAUGGGCCCCCCCCACACCCCGUAA